UAUAAAUAAGUCUUAAAUUCUCGAUGAAUUUGAAAACAUGACAGUGAAGUUUUAAAGUUGUUAGGCAACUUGUACAAUAAAACAAAUGCUGGAAUUCAAGUGGUGACAUAUCAAUUUGAAGAUGUUCUAAUUGUGUUUCAUUUAUAUUUUCAUCAUGGAGAUUUGCCACUUUCUGGUAGUUCUUUAUCUGAUGUUUGUGCAAGCUCAAAUUGUCUUAGCACAGGGGUGUUCAACAUGCCAAUACGCAACAUGCACAAGUGAAGGCUACUGUCAAAACGGAUGUAUAGACGGAUAUUAUGGAAACAAUUGUAAAUACAAAUGUAUUACUCCGAAUUGCAAAAGAUGCUAUCAACACAUCAGUAUUAAUUACUGUUCAAAAUGUAAAUCCGGAUACCAUUGGAACAAUUUUACUUGUUAUAAUUGUGGAUCACAAUGCAAAUCAUGCGAUUCUAACAGUUGCCUAUCGUGUUAUAACGGCUACUGGGGAGUUACAUGUGAAAACAACUGCACUGAAAGUUGUGCAUCGUGCAGAAAAUCAAAUGGUGAUUGUUUCUCAUGUGAGCAAGGAUACUACUUACAUAAUGGCAAGUGUAAUACUUGUGACACACACUGUGAUGUAUGUAUUGCAACAUGGUGUUUAUCGUGUUUUAACGGCUACUGGGGAGAAACAUGUGAAUACAGCUGCAAUGAAAGUUGUGCAUCGUGCAGAAAAUGGAAUGGUAAUUGUAUAUCCUGUGAUCCAGGAUACUACGUAUAUAAUGGCAAGUGUAACACUUGUGACACACACUGUGCAGAAUGCGUCGCGACCUUGUGUACAUCGUGUCGUGACGGCUACUGGGGAAUUUCAUGUCAAAACAUCUGCACUGCGAAUUGUGCAUCGUGCAAUAUAUGGACUGGUGAUUGUCUGUCAUGUGAGCCUGGAUAUAGGGGAGGCACUUGUGAGGAACGCUGUGUAGAAUAUUGCUUGGAGUGCGACCGAUUAAAUGGUAAUUGUAUAUCCUGUGAUAAAGGUCAUUGGGGAUAUGCAUGCGAUGCGUGUAAUGUUCAAUGUAAAACAUGUAAUCAUUCAAAUGGAUGUUUAGAAUGUAAUGUUGGUUACUAUGGUCAAACAUGUGACAAAGAGUGUGGAGCUUAUUGUCAAACUUGUGACAGAACAAAUGGCUGCCUUCAGUGUCUCCCAGGAUAUUACACACACAAUAACAUUUGUGCAGAGUGUUCGUAUAGAUCUAACGGAUGCACUUGCACAAGCAAAGAACAAUGCAGUGGAUGUGUAGAUGGAUAUUUUCUCGACCCUCCAUUGUGUUCAAAAUGUCCUGAGUACUGUUCUAAUUGUAAUAAAUCGUCUUUAUUCGGUUCAACAGUAUGCACUUCUUGUCCUGCCGAUACGUUUGGAAAGACCUGUCAAUAUUUUUGUUCUCAGGAUUGUAAAAACGGAUAUUGUGAUGAGGAAAAUCCUGAUGAAACCUGUAGCCAGUGUGCGAAUGGAAGAUUUGGAGAGAAAUGUGAGCAUAUUUGUUCACUUGGAUGUGAACCGCGUAAUUGCACGAAAGAAACUGGCUCUUGUACCUGCAAAGCUGGAUGGAAUGGUCAAAGAUGCGAAACAUGUAUGGAUGGUUACUACGGUAGACAUUGUAACAAUAGUUGUCCAAAUCUGUGUCAGACCUGUGACAAAAAUGGACAGUGUUUGGACAAGUGCCAACCCGGAUACAGAGGAGAGUCAUGUCAAGAAGUCAUUAAGACAAAAACAGAAAAGCAAACAACAUCGUUAUCACCUGCUGCACUGGGCGGAGGUAUUGGAGGAGGAAUUGUGGCACUUUCUGCCAUUGUGCUCCUUGUACUGCUUCUGAUUCGGAGAAGAAAGGUAAAUUUGAGCAAUAAAUGUAAAACACCUGGAAAAGAACCUGAGAACCUCUCCGCGUUGAACGCAACAGUGAACAAAGGAAGAGCUUCUACAGCGGAGUACACUUUUGGGGAUUCCGACAAUUUGCACUCUGUUACCAUCAUAGAAAGCCCCAAUAUCCAGAGUCCACCACCGAACAACAGGUCCGGCAAGGAAACGACGCAUAUUUUUACAGAAGAUAGUCUUGAAAUUGACGAGGAUGAUGCCUCUGCAAGGGAACUUGCAGUAAAAUUUGAGGAAAAUGGAGGUGUUUAUUAUAACAGCGCUGAAAAAAUUAGCACAUUGAAAUUGCCUGUGACCGGUCUACUAAAAUAUGCACAAAAUAUUCGUUUAAAGAACCUUGAAGAAGAGUUUCAGAAAAUUCCAUACGGUCUUGUGAAAGCCUAUGGAGUUUCCCAAACGAAACUAAACAUGCACAGUAAUAGAUACAAAGGAAUCUACCCGUAUGAUGAUUCGCGAGUUAUAGUACGAGGUGGAAAAACAGACUACAUUAAUGCAAGCUAUAUGGACGGAUUCAGAAGGCGCAAUGCAUAUAUUGCUACUUUGGGUCCAAUGGCUAAGCAGCUUGGCAAUUUUGGCCAAUUCUGGCGAAUGGUCUGGCAACAGGAAGUGGAGAAGAUUGUCAUGGUGACCAGUUUGGUAGAGGGUAAGAACAUAAAAUGCGAGCAAUAUUGGCCCGACCGAUAUCAAAGUAAACUAUACGGCGCUAUAGAAGUUGUAUGCAAGGUUGAAAAACUGUACGCAGAUUUCAUUUGGAGACAAUUUACGCUUUCUAAGAACUCUGAAGAAAGAAGUCUACAUCAUCUACAGUUCACGAACUGGCCAGACAAGGACAUCCCUGAUGACGUCACAUCAAUUAUAGACAUUAGACAGAGGGUGAACGCCUUGCCGAGUUCCCUCGAAGGACCAGUAGUUGUGCAUUGCAGUGCUGGUGUUGGCCGAACGGGUACAUACAUAGCUCUAGACAUUCUGACAAAAGAGGGUGAGGUAGAAGGAACAAUAGAUAUCCCUGGGUGUGUCCUUAACAUGAGACAGAACAGGCCGAACAUGAUUCAGACUUUGAGUCAAUACAAGUAUCUUCACCAAGCUUUGGUUUAUUCAUUGACUCUUGAGUGUUCGAUGGUAAAACGAGAACACUUCCAUGAAUAUAUGGAGAAAUCCGGAAAAGAGGAGAUAAAGAAGCAGCUUGAGAAAAUGGAAUUGGUCCGGGAGCAGAAGUCCGAUAAGGAAGUACAGGCUAUGAAAAGGAAUCGGCUUCUCACAAAAAAGAACAGGAAACACGCUGAUAUACCAGGUGACUCCAGCAGACCACGUCUCUAUCUGUGUUUACAACCCGGCGAGCCUGAUUACAUCAAUGCGAUAUACAUCGACAGUUUUAAAAUAAAACACCGCUUCUUAGUUGCACAAACACCUCUGCCGGACACAGCUGGCGAUUUCAUUUCACUUGCUGUUCAAGAAAACUGUUCCUGUAUCGUUAGUAUGGAGGCACAUUUGGAAAAACACGUUGGGAAGGGGAUUGGCUUAUAUUUUCCUGGUGCAAAUCAAACAAUGAAGGCUGGUAUGGUUUCCGUACGAUCCACCACAGAUCAAAGUUCAAGACACUUUGUAAAAAAAAUGCUGCAUUUCGAACACGCAGAAAAGACCAAGACAGAUGUGACCAUUCCACACUAUGAAUACCUAGACUGGGAUACAGAACACAAUGUUCCUAAGAAGCCCGAACACUUCGUUGCCUUUAUCAAAGAGAUUGAAGACGUAUCCAAGACAUCUCAUCUUAAGGGACCGAUACUGGUGCAUUGUCUGAACGGUGCUGGAAAGAGCGGCAUAUUUUGUGUUGUCUCGACAUUACUUGAAACACUGAGUGAAGAUAACAAAGUCAGUGUGGUCAAUGUCGUGAUGAAAGUCAGAGCUAGAAGACAGCUCGCUAUUCCAAAUAAGGAGCAAUUUUACUUUUGCCACGAGUGUGUUCUCCAUUCCGGGAACGCAGCAGAUAACGCUGAGUAUUACAACAUAAGUGGGGAUAUCCAGAGGGAAUGAACAGUGCUGACCAAUUCUGAACAAUGACAUACGUCCUCCUACCAUUGACACGAACACAUGAUUAUAUAAGUUUGGUAGUUAUUUGAUGACAUGCUUAGCUAUGUUUUACAUGAUUCACGGAACACUAGACUUUCAUUUGUCAAUAUAAACAUUGUAUUGUAAAUAUAUUGUAACUAUUUUCAUAAAAGACUUUACGUUUUGGUGCUUUUCCAUUUAAUUAUGUACAAAUAUAAAUCAAUUGGAUUUGCUUUCAUAACAUAUUCACAAAGUCGCGAGUUUACCAUUGGCCGACACACAUAGGUUUUGUAGUUUUAUAAUGACAUGCUAAGCUAUGCUUUUCAUGAUUUACAGAACAUUAGAAUUUCAUAUGUCAAUAUAAACAUUGCAUUGUAAAUAUCAUUGUAACUAUUUUCAUAAAAUCGUUCACUUUUUGGGGUGCUUUUCCAUUUUUGUACAAACAUCAAUCAAUUUUAUUUCAUUUUAUAACACAUUCACAAAGUCGAGAUAGUUUACCGUUGCCCGACACUCAUUUAAUGAAACUAACGCCUGGGUGGUUUAACUUUCGCGACAAAACCCUAGUGACUACACAAAGGGCGGAGCUAUUGUGUCAACUUAGCAAACAUCAACUAACUUAGAGUUCAAUUUGGCGAUCUACAGGAAAUGGUGCGAGGUUGGUCCAUGUUCUGUCGGUCGUCAAAAUGAACUCGAACGUAUAGCUAAUGCUCAUAUUAUUUUACCAUGUUGUAGAGUGUUGAAUUGUUUUGAUUUGGCACCCAAUGAUAACUGAACGAAAAAUAAGAAUGCUUAAGUAUUGGAUAAGAAUAUUAAAAUCUAGUAAUACAUCAUUAAUCAAAAAUACAUUUGAAAUGUUAAAAAGUGACGUUGACAACAAUAAUACGUACAGUGGCAUGAAUUGGGCAUAUCAAAUAAAGAAAAUAUUAUAUGAAAUUGGAAUGUCAGAAAUUUGGUUAAAUCAAGAUAUACAACCGAUUUCGAUCGAAAUAAUACGACAAAGUUUCCUCACAUGAACUAUUAAUCGAAACAGAAAGACAUGAAAACAUCCCAAGAACAGAUAGAAUAUGUACCUUUUGUAAUAUGAAUGCCAUCGAAAAUAAAUAUCAUUUUCUUUAAGUAUGUCCAAAAUAUCAUAACCUACGAAAACAAUUUUUAACCAUACUUUUGCCAUUGGCCAAUAAACAAAAAAUUAUUAUCCUUUUGUCCCCAGACAGCAGAAAAACAAUGCACAAUGCUAGUAAAUAUUCAUAUCAUGCAUCUUUGUGGGGAUCGAUAAUCUAAUUAUGUUGAGAAUUUGAUAAUAUGAUAUAUAGUAUACUUCUCUAUUGACUAUGUCUUUGCUCUUCACGAUGAUUUGUUUUAAAUGAUUUAUUUCAUAUGUUUUGCAUUUUGGCUAUGGCUGAUAUGUCUUUUAAUGCUGAAUAAAUGUUAUGUUAUGUUAUGUAAUUUAAAUGAUUCUCAUAUCUCAAAUAGUCGAGACUUAAUAUGCAAACUUACCGCGAUCUGUAGCAUUUGGUAAGUUACAACAAUAUUUCAUUAUAUACAGGGCACUGAUUGUAAGUUUGCCAAUAUAAUCAUGUUAUAAAAAAUAUACUGCAUCAAACAAUCGUGCUUAAAAUGAUACCAUGAGAGAGCUGAAAGGUUGAUUGCGCAACGAUUGUUACAUUCAAUUUAAAAAUCAACUUGAAAAGUAAAUGCAUGAUAUGUAGCUUUUCACGAAAAGCUAGUUAUACAUUGCGCAUGCCUUUUAAAAUUCAUGCUACUGUCGUCUGCAUGUUUUGCAUGAUGUAUUAAAUAUGACAUGUUUUGAAUGUGUUUUUUACACUGAAAAUUAUGUUUUGAAUACGUUUUACGUUAUCUUUAAAGAUGCACUCUUAAGAUUUACCACAAAUAAUAAUAUUGUUUUAAUAUUCUAAAAAGUUAAGGAUUAAUUUAUCUAAAAAAUCAAUGUUUCUUAUGAAGCAUACCGAGUUUAAUUUGAAAGAAAUUUGCAUGAAACACAGUAUUUCUACCUUAUGAGACAAUAGAAGAUCUCAGUAAAUAGUUUAGCGUUCACCAAUCAUUUAAUAUUUUUUGCACUUUCUGCUAUUAAAUACACGGUAACAAUCUUGUUAUCAGAAGUUAAUAUUUUCCAUAAAUGCAUUAUUUAAUAAGAAGUUUAAGAUUUAUCAGUAAAAAUUUAUGUUUGUUAUACAAGUGUAUGUAUUGAUUUUGAAUAAGAGUGUCACUUUAAAUAUUCGCGCUUUUAGAUAGUGAAGCUGUGUGUUAGUUUAUUUGAAUAAAGC